AUCGAUCGGCAGCAGGUGCGAGCGCGCGCAUCACUCAGCAUCACCGAUGACAUGGAGUUAAAAACCUCCAUCAGUCAAACUGCGCUUUAAUUCACCGGCCGAGGAGCAAAGCAGCGACAUUCUGCUCCAGCUCAAACUUCAAGUCUCAAGUGUGUUGUGGAGCUUCACAGAAUGGAGAAAGGGCGAAGCACCUCGAAACAGUACGGAUCUCUGGAUCAAACAGAGCUCUGCGAAGAAACAGGAAAACAAGCUGAAGAGGAUGUGGUGUCCAUGGCUGAUUCCACCAUCACUGUGGAGGACAUCGAGGGGGAGUUGUUCAAAAUCGAGCGGAUAAAGGAUGCGCUGGUCCGGAAAGAGUCUGAGCUCAGAUAUAUGAUGGAUGACAUCCAGUUGUGUAAGGAGAUUACAAGGCUCAAAAAAGAACUCCAGAAAUUGGUUUCCAUCCCAGACAAAGAAAAGUCUAAUGAGGACAGACAGCGUGAGGAGGAACUAUUUCAACAGAUCCAGAAGCUGGUGGAGACGCGGGACUUUCUAGUUGAUGACAUGGAGUUUGAGAGGCUCAGAGAGCGAGAGGAAGACAAUGAGAUGGCUGACUUCCUACAGACAAAAUUCCCCAACAGAUUCCGCAUGAAAAGUCAAACCAAGGACAAGAGAAUGACGUCCAGAGCCCAGCAGACCUCGUCUCCUUAUGUGACAAAGACAGGCGUCACCCUGCUGAAGGGGUGCUGCGGCUUCACCUGCUCCGUCAUGUAGAUACGCCGGUGUAAAACAGGAGAGAGUGACAAGUAAACAAGCCCUCAGACCCGUGAUUCAGCACAAUAUUUUCA